AUGCCUUUGUCGACAGAACUCACGAAGCGCUUGGGCAUCCGCGUCCCCGUCGUGCAAGGCGGCAUGAUGCACGUCGGCACCGCCGACCUCGCCUCCGCCGUCUCCAACGCGGGUGGUCUCGGUAUCAUCACGGCCCUCAUCUUCCCCACGCCCGCCGAACUGCGCGCCGAGAUCCAGCGCUGCCGCACGCUCACCAAGAAGCCCUUUGCCGUCAACAUCACCCUCCUCCCCGCCAUGGUGCCCCCGGACUACGGCGCCUUCGCCCAGGCCGUCAUUGACGAGGGCAUCAACAUUGUCGAGACGGCCGGCAACAGCCCCGGCCCCGUCAUCGCCCAGCUCAAAAAGGCCGGCGUCACCAUCCUCCACAAGUGCACCACCAUCCGUCACGCCCAGUCGGCCGUCAAGCUGGGUGUCGACUUUCUCAGCAUCGACGGCUUCGAGUGUGCCGGCCACGUCGGCGAGUCGGACAUUACAAACUUCAUCCUGCUCUCGCGCGCCCGCCAGACCCUCGGCGUGCCGUUCAUUGCGAGCGGUGGGUUCGCCGACGGCUGGGGCCUGGCGGCUGCGCUUUGCCUGGGCGCCUGCGGCAUCAACAUGGGCACGCGCUUCAUGUGCACCAUUGAGGCGCCCAUCCACCAGAACGUCAAGAACGAGAUUGUCAAGGCCCAGGAGACCGACACGACCCUCCUUCUCCGUCGCUGGCGCAACACGAGCCGCCUCUACAAGAACAAGGUUGCCGAGGAGGCGCUCAAGAUUGAGCAGGAGAGCCCGACGGGCAAGUUUGAGGAGAUAGCGCCGCUCGUGAGCGGUAAGAGGGGCAAGGAGGUGUUUGUCAAUGGCGACCCCGAGUUUGGCGUCUGGACGACCGGCCAGGUGAUUGGGUUGAUUCACGACAUUCCCUCGUGCAACGACCUUGUGAAGCGCAUCGAGAAGGAGGCGGAGGCCGCACUCCAAGAAAGGCUCGGCCUGAUCGUGCCCGAGUCGAAGCUGUAG